AGAGAUUCAUCGACAGAUGGCGAGAAAUGCGCCACCACCUGCGUCUCUGACGAAUGGCAUCAAUGUUUCACUCGUGGACGCGGGCUCUGUCGCCCAUCAUCAUCGUGACGGCAGAUCAGAGUAUAUCAUCGCCCUCGCCAAAGAUGAUCUGUCGGCUGUCGCCUCGACUUUCCCUGUUGUUCUCCAUCUCGCCGUCUUCCUUUUUCUUGUCUCUCACAUUGCCGUCUUCUCUUCGCCCGUGAGCCCCAGAGGCCACCCUCGUUGUUUCUCAAGUCCUUCUGAACGUUAUCAUCAUCGGGUUCGAGUCGGCUGUGCCUUCGACACUCUUUGGUUCCUUUCCUCCUUCCUUCUCGCCCCAUAUUAUUCCAUAAUAGCCGCGUGAGCCUCCGAGAGCCAUGCAUCUUAAGCACAUCGUUGCCGCCCUGGUGGCCUUCAGCUCUUUGGCAGCUGCCGCACCCGCACAAGACUCGAAAGCCGUGGUCAGGAGAGAGGAUCCGAAGCAGAACAAGGACCAAGGUCAGGCCAAAAACAACAACAAUAACAACGACAAGAACAACAAGAACAACGACAAGAACAACGACAACAACAACAAAAACAACAAUAACAUCAAUAACAAUAACAACAACCGCAAUGGGAACAUCAACAUUAUCCAGAACAUCAUUAGGCCCAACAUCAUCGUCGUCCAGGAGAACCUUGCUGCGAUCGACCAGCUUCAGCGGCAGAAUGAAGUAGCGCUUGCGGCGUUGGUGCAGUCGCAGCUCGCGCUGGUGACGCAGCUGCAGACCGUCAAGGACAACAUCCGGGUCAACCACUUCAAAGCGCUGUUUCCUCAGGCGAACACCGUCAUUGUCACCGUCACCAAUCUAGUGGACAGCAGGAAUCAGGGACAGCAGAACCAGCGGUACCUCGUCAACCAGCUGCUCGCCGACAACGGCGCCCCAGGUAACCAGACUCUCGUCAUGGUCACAGACCCGACGCCCAUGCAGAUCUCAACGGAGCAGGCGGCCUCCUCGCAAGCAAAUGCCUUUGGCGCCGCCAAUGUUCAGUUGGAAAAUGCCCCGGCCGUCGGACCCAGCAACUCCAGCAACCAGGCCGCCGGCGGGGACCCCAACGCGGCGCUCAACGACAAAUCGAUCAACCUGGCCGCCUUCGACCAGUCGGCGCCCUUCGGCCAGAUCGGGCAGUCUGUCAUCCUCCCCGCCGGCACGCUGGCCCCGCAGCUGGCCUCGGUGCCCGACCCGGCCUCCAUCAUCCUCCCCGGGCAGCAAGGGCUCUUCGUGCAAAACGCGGCGACGUUCCUCUCCGACUGCGCGACGUCGGUGGCGGGCGGGAACCAAGUCCUGGCCGGAGUCGCGGCGCAGGUCUUCUCGUCGUUUCAGCAGAUCGCCGCCGCGCAGCUCGCGGGGCUUUCAGGCCUAGGCAUCUACCCCGCAAACCAAGGGCAGAAACCGCCGCAGGCGGUACCGCCUCCCGCGCAGGCACAGCCUGCGGCCGUUCAGCCUCCUGCGCAAGCCGUGGUGCAGCCUCAGGCGAGCGCUCCGGCUGCUCAGGCCGCGGCCCCGGCUGCGGCCCCGGCUGCGGUUCCUGCUGCGGCUCCGGCUGCAGCACCGGCCUCGGCACCGGCUCCGGCACCACAAGCAGCCAGCGGGUCUGGUGUAGUCGUCGUGGGAUCGACCGCGGGAGGGGCGAGUGCUGCCCAACCCCAGGCCGCCCCGGCUGCGGCGCCAGCUGCAGCAUCCCAGCCGGCGUAA